UGAGAGGGAAAAGGUGAAGCUUAAGGGGACUCCGGAAAACUCAACACCCCCGCAGGGUUUCAAAGAAUCCCCAGGAAAGUUCUUUUGAGAAGUCACAAAACAAAACUAGGCAAACAGAUGCCUCGGUUUUGAAAGAGAUUGUAACUUUAGGCAGCAAUGAAACCUGACUCCGGGCCAGGAGAGCCUAGGGUCGGUUCAGCCGAGCGCGCAGUCAGCAAGGGGUGUUCGGCGGCGGCCAGGCGGGGCCCAUGGGCAGCAGCUAGUUCCCGCCGCCGCAGAGCCGCAGGGCCGGGAGUGGGGUCUCGCCGCGCUGCCUCGAGAAGGAAUGACCCCAGGGACCACCCCCCCGGGGUUCCGAGAGAGCUGGGCUGGUCCGAAAUGAAUUCCCCGUUCCUGUGGCUGCUGGCCUCGGACACGAGACCCUCCGCCUCCUGCCGAGAGAGGCUCCUCCCCGCCUCGCCACGCCGCAGCCCCGUCCGCGCCCGCGUCCCCGCUUACUUUUGGUCGCAGCGAUGAGGUUCUUCCCGUCCUUGAUGAGCUCUUUGAUGAACUUGUUGGUCCUCUCAAGUUCCGCUUCAUGAGCGCGGAUCCUCUCCCGGAACCACGGGCUGUCGAGGUAGCAGUCGCUGAACUCCAGGGGCUGCAGCCCCAUGACGGCAGCGGUCGCGGCGCGGUGCGCACGGCCGCGCGCUCCUGCCCGUGCCGGCCUCCGAGGCCGCUGCCAGGUGCGGCGCCGCGCGUUCAGGGAGCCCCGAGGAACUAGCAGGCCCGGGCGCGCGGCGAGCGCGGCACGGACAUGUCCCGUAGAGCCGAGCCCUGCGACGCGGAGGAGCGGCCACCGAGACCAGCGCAAGCCGUGGCGCCCCAAUCCCGGCAGCCCCCGCCGAGCCCUGAGCGCCCGCGGCCCCGCCCCUCCCGGCCCCCGCGCUGCAGACACUCCCCGAGGCGCCGCCCGGCCUGGCCCGCGCUCCCGCUCGCCCCCUUCUCUUUCCUCCGCCUUCUUUCCUCUCUUCUCUUCCCUGGACGCCUCUUCCUUCUCUUCCACACGCGCAGCCGCCCCUCCUCUUCCUUCGGAGGCGUCCCCGGGCUAGAAUUUCGCCCCGCGGCUCCCCUCCACCUCUGGCGCGCGCCCCUCCUCUUUGCUUGGGCUCCCGGGGCCGGGGUGACUCACAGUCGGCUCCCCGCUGCACGGAACCGGACCAGGACCGAGAAGGAGCGUCUUAAUUGCAGUCGUUAGUCCCCGCAGGCGGGCGACAUAACUCUGAAGCGGCUGCCUUGCAGGAGGAGAUGAUUAACUCAUUUAUCUCAUGUAUCCUGGGAAGCUCCCCCAACCCCCGAGCUAGGAACGAACUCGCACGUGGGGCUCUUUUCCUUGUCCCGGUUCCUUUCCCAGUUUAAAGUGAAAUGCGUAGUAACUCUCCGCUUGAGAUCGAAGCCUUACAAUGGCAAGAGCGUUAUUCUUGGUGGCCCAGCAGCUCCUAUUAACACUUCUCUGCGUAUCCGCACUAAAUGACUUAGGUGAAGGGAGAGGGCUGCCUAAACCACAGAAAAGUUGUUUCUGUUGUGUUCAGCACAUUAAAUUUGCUUGGGUAGAUAGAGACGAUCUUUAUUAUUCUAAAAAUAACCACCGGAAAACAUGCCAGGUAACGUGGUUUUCACCGCGUGGGGGUGACUAUCAAUGAGAAUUUAUGUCAAUGCCCUCAAAAAGCCUGUUUUGUGUGUUCUGAAACAACUCCAGUGUGUCCCCAAAAAAAGUUAAGGCAUUUGAAAGUAUUGAAAUGUAUACCUUAGGCCGGACGCGGUGCCUCACGCCUGUAAUCCCAACACUUUGGGAGACGGAGACGGGUGGAUUACCUGAGGUCAGGAGUUGGAGACCAGCCUGGCUAACAGGGUGGAAACCCGUCUCUACUAAAAAUACAAAAAUUACCCGGGUGCAGUGGCGCAUGCCUGUAGUCCCAACUGAGGCAGGAGAAUCGCUUGAACCCAGGAGGCGGAGGUUGCCGUGAGCCGUGAUCGUGCUACUGCACUCCAGCCUGGGCGACAGAGCGAGACAA